ACUACUAACAAUAAGAUCUGACGUAAAGUUCUGAUGCCGAUCAGUAAGCAGGCACACUGCUACCUCCAAGUUGAAGACGGUACCUGAUCUGCCACUUCUACAAAAAAUCGUCACCAGGUCCCGGUCGUGGCGUGAUCGUACGGCAUGGCCUGGAGCUUCCAUUACGUCCAGAAAACACACACACGCAUAUAAGAGAUAAUGGGGAGAAAAAGAUCUCGCUGUUGCGCAUCGAUCCUGCCAACAGAAUGCGCAAAAGAAGACAACCGCGCACCGCGCCUUAUAAGACGCACCGCACGCGCGCUCGUCUUCCAGUCUGCCUCAGGAUAGGUCCUCAGGAUGGACACCGUCUACACGAGCAAGCGAAUCUUUCUGAACAGUGCGAGCCUGCCGGCGGAAGUGUUCCCCGGUGGGAUCGUCGUGUCCGCCCACGACGGUAAGGUGACGCGCGUGCUCCCCUCCUGGGCCGCCGUUGAGCGAUACCUGAAGGACAAUGAAGGUGAAUUUGAGCACUUUGAUUUCGGCAACUUGAUGCUCAUGCCGGGACUGAUCGAUACGCACGUCCACAUCAAUGAGCCGGGCCGUACCGAGUGGGAAGGCUUCCACACUGCGACCAAGGCGGCAGCAGCGGGCGGUUUUACCACGAUCUGCGACAUGCCGCUCAACUCGAUCCCACCGACGACAACCGUAGCCAAUCUGCGCACCAAGGUGAAUGCGGCGCGCGGCAAGAUCUUCGUCGAUGUGGCGUUCUGGGGCGGGCUAGUGCCGGACAAUCUGCCCGAGCUGCGCCGGCUGAUUGCGGCCGGUGUGUUCGGGUUCAAGUGCUUUCUGUGCCCGAGCGGCGUCGAGGAGUUCCCGCACGUGACGGAGGAGCAGGUGAUGGAGGCGGCACGCCUGCUCGAAGGCACCGGUGCAGUGCUGGCGUUCCACGCCGAGGUAGAGUGUCAGCGGCUGCAGAGUGUCGGCCCCAGACCGCUCGACCCGCACAAGUACCGGUCGUUCCUGCAGACGCGCCCCGACACGAUGGAACAGCAGGCGAUCGAGCUGGUCGCGAAAGUGGCCCAGCAGCACGACGUUCGGGCACACAUCGUGCACCUGUCCACGGCCCGUGCCUUGCCAACGAUAAGGGCGGCCCGGGCGCUCGGCGCUCGCCUGACGGUGGAAACCUGCCACCACUAUCUGUCGCUGGCCGCCGAGGACGUGCCGGACGCUCACACCGAGUACAAGUGCUGUCCGCCGAUACGCGGCCGCACCAACCGGGAGCAGCUGUGGCGCGCCGUGCAGGCCCGGGACAUUGAUCUGAUCGUGUCGGACCAUUCGCCCAGCACGCCCCAACUGAAGCUGCUCACCGACGGGAAGCGGCGGGGCAACUUCCUCGAGGCGUGGGGUGGCAUUUCCUCGCUGCAGCUCGGGCUGCCCCUGUUCUGGACCGGCUGCCGGCGGUACGGGCUGUCGCUGCAGGAGACGGUCCGCCUGCUCUGCACCGAGCCGGCCCGUCUGAGCGGGCUGGAUCAUCGCAAGAGCCGGCUGGACGUUGGCUACGACGGAGACAUAUGUGUCUGGGAUCCGGAGGGUACGGUCACCGUCACGGAGGACAUGCUCGAGUUCCAGCACAAGGCGACUCCGUACCUGAACCGAACGCUUCAGGGCGUCGUGCAUGCAACGGUACUGCGCGGCUCACUGAUCUAUCAACGCACGGACGUGCCAGCUUUCGGGCCACCUUUGGGCAGUAUACUGCUCGAUGGUCCUAAGUCAGAAGUUCAACGAGAGGAGUUGAGCAAGAGUUCAACAUUGGCCGCAGGAAGCAUAUCGGCUGAAGAAUUGGAAGAUGAUGAUAUAGAUUUGUAAAAAAAAUACACAUAUAUGCUAGGGUAGAAUAGCUAUAAGUAAUAAGAUAAGUAAUAUGGGUAAGAGGUAAACUUGAAUACACUGUUACAGACGGUA